ACACACAGGCACACAAGAACACACAAGAACACACACACAGACACACAGGAACACACACACACCACACACACACACAAGAACACACACAGACAUGCAAGAACAAAGGCACGCGUAAGAAGACGCACACCUGAAACACACACAGACGUACAUCCAAAUGCACGGGUACACAGUCGUACACAGAAGGACACACACACGCAGAGAGGCGAGGGAGGGAACGCGCACAGUGACGAGAAGAGCGAGAGAGAGCGGGAGUUUGUGAGAUAUCUGGAGAGAGAGAGGUGGGAGAGAGGGAGCAAGAGAGAGAGAGAGAGCAAGAGACAGAGAGAGAGAGUGAGAGCGACGGGUGGAGGCUAACAUUACUCACGCGGCGCGGGCGUAACAGACACACAGACUCACCACGCACACAGACACACACACACAGACUCGCAAUGGAUAAGCUGCCACACGCAAUGCGCAGACGCCUCUACAGCCUGCCCCAGCAUCUGUGCCCCCGUGCCAGCCUCAUUGACUGCGACGACGAACACACGAACAGCACCCAGAACGACCACCAGCACCAGCAGCAGCAGUCAUCCAACGUGGCCGAUCAACAGGGAGGUCUUUGCCCGAGCGUCGGAGGGAGUGGUGGCGGCGGUGGUGGCGGUGGUGGCGGCGGCAGACUCAUUCGACUACGGACUCUUGCUUCGUCCACAUCUCCCUCGAGCACCGGCGGCGGCGGUGGCGGCGCGGCAACCACCACCACCACAACAACGACAACAAUCGCGAACACGAUCUCGCCGGGAGUUGAGUCGUGCCGGGACGAGGACGAGACCAGAGUCCUGGUGGCCAAGUGCAGCCCCAACGGCGACUGCGCGCAGAGUCGCGAGAGCCUCGCGUCCGUGGAGACCAACUUCGGCAGCUGUCGAUUCCUCGAGGACUCGGCUCCGCAGGAAUCAUCCGACUCCAACAACGCGACCACCAUCCGCUUCGCGGAGGGGGCCAUGAAGAGGUCGUCGAGGCGACGUCAAGAGCAGCGCGUUGGCGGCUCCCGAAAGAACGACUCUUUAUCUUCGGAGCAGCAGCGGAAGAUGUCUCGCCGAGGGGGCGGCGGUGCCAGCGUCAGUGGCUCGAUGUCCCUGCUCAAAGCGGAGGACGGAGGUCCGGGCGCGAACCUCGACUCCACCUCCGCGGCGGGAGAAGACGCGGACCAGACGGGCAGUCAGAGCAGUUUCAUGCACCGUCAGUUCAGCGCGAUGAUGUUGCCCGGAGUGAACAAGUUCUCGCUAAGAAUGUUCGGCAGUCAGAAGGCGGUGGAGAAGGAGCAGGAAAGGGUCAAGUUGGCCGGAUUCUGGAUCAUCCACCCCUACAGUGACUUCAGGUUCUACUGGGACCUCGUCAUGCUGCUGCUGAUGGUGGGCAACCUCAUCGUGAUCCCCGUGGGCAUCACCUUCUUCAAGGAGGAGACCACGACGCCCUGGAUCAUCUUCAACGUCUUCUCGGACACCUUCUUCCUCGUUGACCUCGUGCUCAACUUCCGCACCGGCAUCGUGGUCGAGGACAACACCGACAUCAUCCUGGACCCACGCAAGAUCAAGCGCACGUACCUACGCACCUGGUUCCUGGUGGACCUGGUGUCCUCCAUCCCCGUCGACUACAUCUUCCUCAUCGUGGAGAGCGGCAUGGACUCGGACGUGUACAAGACGGCGCGCGCGCUGCGCAUCGUGCGCUUCGCCAAGAUCCUCAGCCUGCUGAGGCUGCUGCGUCUGUCCAGGCUCAUUCGCUACAUCCACCAGUGGGAGGAGAUCUUCCACAUGACGUACGACCUGGCGAGUGCCGUGAUGCGCAUCAUCAACCUCAUCGCCAUGAUGCUGCUGCUGUGCCACUGGGACGGCUGUCUGCAGUUCCUAGUGCCCAUGCUGCAGGACUUCCCAGAGGACUGCUGGGUCACCACCUCCCGCAUGGUGAACGUGUCGUGGGAGAUGCAGUACUCGUACGCCCUCUUCAUGGCCAUGAGCCACAUGCUGUGCAUCGGCUACGGCCAGCAGGCGCCCUCCAGCAUGUCGGACGUGUGGCUCACCAUGCUCAGCAUGAUCGUGGGCGCCACGUGCUACGCCAUGUUCAUCGGGCACGCCACGGCGCUCAUCCAGUCGCUCGACUCGUCGCGCCGUCAGUACCAGGAGAAGUACAAGCAAGUGGAGCAGUACAUGUCGUUCCACAAGCUGCCGGCGGAGCUGCGCCAGCGCAUCCACGAGUACUACGAGCACCGCUACCAGGGCAAGAUGUUCGACGAGGACAACAUCCUGGGGGAGCUCAACGAGCCGCUCAGACACGAGAUCGUCAACUACAACUGCCGCAAGCUCGUCGCCUCCAUGCCGCUGUUCGCCAACGCGGACCCCAACUUCGUGACGGCGAUGCUCACCAAGCUGCAGUUCGAGGUGUUCCAGCCGGCGGACUUCAUCGUGCGCGAGGGCACCAUCGGCAAGAAGAUGUACUUCAUCCAGCACGGCGUCGUCAGCAUCAUCACCAAGGGCAACAAGGAGACGAAGCUCUCCGACGGCUCCUACUUCGGAGAGAUCUGCCUGCUGACGCGCGGGCGCCGCACGGCGAGCGUGCGCGCCGACACCUACUGCCGCCUCUUCUCGCUCUCCGUGGACCACUUCAACGAGGUGCUCGAGGAGUACCCCAUGAUGCGGCGAGCCUUCGAGACCGUGGCCAUCGACCGCCUCGACCGCAUCGGCAAGAAGAACUCCAUGCUGCUGCACAAGAUGCAAGACGACCUCAACGAGGGCAUCUUCAACACGAGCGAGCACGACAUCAUCCAGCGCAUCGUGCGCUACGACCGCGAGAUGACCCUGCAGGAGGCCGCCGCGCAGCAGCACGCGCAGCAGCGGCAGCAGCUGCAGCAGGCGCAGGGGGCUCUGUCGCCGGGCGGCAGCGCCGCCGUCAACUCCCUCAUCAACACGGCCGCCUCCGUGACCAUCGCGCUCACGCACCAGGGCACCACGCCGCACGCGCAGCACCGGCCGCGCUCCUCCGCGCCGCCGUCGUCGGCGCAGUCGCCCCAGCAGCAGCAGCAGCAGCAGCCGGCGGCCACGUGGCUCUGGCCGUCGAUCGGCGCCGCGACUUCGCCGCCGCCGGCGCUGCCGCCGCCGCCGCCGCCCUCCGUGCCAUCCGCCUCCCGCGGGGCUUCGGCGAAGGCCGGGCCUUCCUCCCCUUCGCGGCCGCGCUCGCCGCGCCAGCAGCAGCAGCAGCAGCAGGCUGGCGGCAGCCCCCCGCGCACGCCGCGGAGGGCCGCCCACCGCAGCGCCCAGACGCUGGGACGCAGCGGCACGACCGCGGGCGCCGGCACCGGCGCCUCCUCCUCGGCCGGCGUCGGCGGCGUCGGCGCCGCGGCUACGGCGCUGAGCCGGGACGCGCGGCCGCUCUCGCAGUCGCAGCCGGCGCUGAAGCACCACGACGGCGGGGCGCCGGCGCGAGCCGCGCCGGCGCCGGCGCCGUCGGCCGCCGCGUCGCCGGGCGGGAUGGGCCCCGGCACCGGCCCCGCGGACGGCGGGACGGCGUCCCGCGCGGUGGGGGCCGCUGCCGCCGCCGAUGUUGCCCACGACGGCAGCCGCCGCCGCCGCCGCCGGCGCCGCCGCUCAGCGGCAGGGGCCGUCGCGCGGGAGGGCGGCGACGCUGCUGCGGCGCCAGCUCUCGUCGGCGUCCGUGGGCACCCACGGCGGCGUGCCGUGGGUGCCCGGGGCGCCGCUCUCGCGGGAGCUGAGCCUCGUCAAGAGGGACUCGGUGGUGGUGGCCGGGGAGGGCGGCGAGCCCGCACGGGCCAGGCUCUCCUCCAACCUGUAGCGCGGUGGUGCUCCCGCUGUUGA